AUGUCAUCCACGGCAGCUCUUCAAGGCCGCUUGAAGCAGCUGUCGGCCUCUUUGGGGCAAUUACAGCCCCUUCUUGAACGACUGCGCAAUUUUACAGCUUCUAUUGGCCAGGGUGACGAGGCCCGCGUGGAGCUUGGGUCAGAGAUCCACAGCCAGUUGAAAGAUGCCGAGGAAGAGCUCGAGCUUCUGCGGGUAGAUGUUGAGGCUUUAGAAUCGACCUCGGACAAUCGGAAAAAGCCUUUCAUGGUGAAUGGGGAAAAAGAAGCCGAGAGAGAACGGGUCAUUGCCAUGGCGCGGCGAUUGGCGGAUGAACUGAAGAAAGAGUUUCGGAAUGCCCAAUUACAAGCCAAACGCAAUGCCGAGCUUGCGAAGCGCAAGGAGCGCGAGCUCUUGCUGUCAAGGUCACAGUCACCGUCCGAGCGACAGCGCCAUCCGUCAGAGAAAUUUACACAGCAUGACUUGGUGUUGAAUGCAUCAAACGAUGUCACUGCUGCGUUGCGUAGAACCCACAACCUGAUGCAGGCUGAGCUUUCGCGCAGUCAAUUUGCGCAAGAGACCCUUGAACAAUCAACCGCUGCAAUCUCCUCUCUGUCUGAGUCUUACAACAGUCUUGAUACCCUACUCGCAUCAUCUCGCAGUCUCGCGAGCUCCCUUCUCCGCUCUCAAAAGUCAGAUACCUGGUAUCUCGAGACUGCAUUCUAUAUCCUCGUCGGAACCAUCACAUGGCUUCUAUUCAGGCGUAUAUUGUACGGGCCGAUGUGGUGGCUCGUCUGGCUUCCAUUUAAGUUUGCCCUGAAAUUUGUGUUUGCUACCUUAGGUGCGGUCGGACUGACAAAGGGAUCAACCGACAUAUCGUCCACCCAUGUUGCCGGUGAGAUUUCUGCGACCAUGCAACAGACGGCAGCGGCGAUUUCUGGACAGCCUGCACCACCUCACAUUGCUUCUUGGGAGGAUCAGCCGUCCACAGAUGACGAGGACCGGCUCAUUGAUCAGAUUGGGAAGAUGGUUGAAGAGGGGAAACAGAAGGGUACAGGCAUUGAUGAUAUAUCGCCCGAGGAGAGGCAAAGGCAGGCGGAACUUCCUCGCAACACGAAGAAAAGGAUGUUUGAGGCGGAACCUGUCCGGGACGAGCUAUAG